AUGUGGAUAUUAGACACAGCUGGAGACUUCCUGGACGGAAAACGGCUGUGGCUGCGUCCUGGGAAGCAAUACCUCUUUGGACGCGUGAAGGGAGAUGACGUGCGCCAUGUCAUCCCAAACAAGUCAAUCUCUCGGAAACAUAUGGUAAUCGAGGUCUCCAACGUAGGACCUCGAGAUGGAGGCCGAACACAUGCGCGAACAAAAUUGUUCAUCACCGACCUUGAUUCCAGCCGUGGAACCGUGGUCAAUGGGGAGAAAAUUACCGGGAAGAACCAAUUGGCUGGAGAUGAGAACAGCAUCUUGCUUGGCAACUAUCCGCAUGCAUUGCGGAUCAAGUGGGAACCGGUGGUUCUAAGCUUUUCGUUUUCAUCGAAGGAGAUGAGAGCUGAGGAUCCAUUGGCCCGAGUUCGGAAUCGCCUCGAAAGUCUCGACAUCAAGACGGUUAUACCCUACCUAGUUGGGCAAACUACACACGUUGUGCAAAGCAAACGAAACACCGCCAAGGGACUACAGGCCCUAAUUAAUGGCAAAUAUAUUGUUGAAAAUUCCUACAUCGACGCCCUUGUCUAUGCCAGCACUCCAACCGAUCUCGGAAACGACGCAUCGCUUUCUCCGCUGGAACUCGACUUCGAAUCGGCAUGGCCCGAUCCGACGGAACAUCUUCCACCCGCCGGAAAUGAGCCGGUCAGCCGGCCAGCUGCUGCGUUUGCGCCUGACCCUGGACGUGGAAAUGUCUUCGAAGGCUAUACCUUUGUGUUCGGCGAUUCUUCACAGUUCGAGAACCUACAAGCAGCGAUCAACAAUGGCCAAGGAAAAGCUCUCUUUUAUCAAAUCAAGGACGGUGAAACGACUGCUGAAGAGAUUGCGGAUUUCAUGCGAUCGGCAGCGGGCCAAAAAGGUAUUGGGUCACAGCGAGAGGAACAAGGCGGAGUCGUGCUGGUCCGAUUUCGAUCGAAGGGUGAGUUUGAACCUUGGUCAAUUGAGCUGGGCAAUGAAGUUGCCCUUAUCACGGAUCAACGGGUCAUCGAGCAACGUGAAUUUCUUGAUGCCAUUUUGAGCAACGAUGCAUCUCCGUUGUGUCGACCGCUUCCGCGCGCAGAAGGGACAGACGAAAGCCAGGAAAAUGCGAAACCGCCGACAAGAGGGACGAGAACGGAAUCUCCUGGUCCAGAAAUUCCCACGGCUCCAUCUGUUCGAGAUCAUAGCAGCUCUAUCGAGUUGCAAAAAAAGACAUCGAAGGCGCGAAAGUACAUCAGCAAAAUGCAAACCUUUGACGAUGGAUUUGACAUGGAGUCAGUACCUGUCUAUACUCCAGAUGACGAGGAGGCAGUCGUAAGCCAACCUAUGGACGUGGACCCGGUCCAGACCAACGACUCAAGCGACGAGAAAGCUAGUCCAGGAGAACAGGACGAGAACGACGCCGUGGCAGACCUGUUACCUGGCUCACGAGCAAUGAAGCGUCGUCGCGCUGAGAUUGGUGGACGACAUGAGAAGGAGGACUCACGGGAGAUAGCAAACGCGGCCCCAAAACCGAAACGUGUCAAGCUGGACGUACGCGAAGCUGCACGAAAACACCGUGAAGAGGAAGAAGAACAUCAAAGGCGACAAGUUGAAGAAGACCGGCAUAUUUCCGAGGAUAUUGACGUGGAGAAAUUGAAAGACCUCGCCAUUGUCGAAGAGAUGGAAAUUCCAGCUCGAGCCCCCGCCGAAAGAGAGCGCCAAACGUCCGAUAGAUGGGACGAGAAGUGGAACGGACGGAAAAACUUCAAGCGAUUCAGGAGGAAGGGAGAGCCUCAACAUGCACGCCGCAUCCAGAGCGUGAUUGUGCCUCUCGAAGAGGUUACCCGGAAAGCCUUUGGUAUUGGGGAGCAUUACUGGGUCAGCAGCACGAAACCUUCCGAGAUUAAUCAAAGCAGCGAGAGAGACGGUCGACAACGCAGACAAGUGUCUGUUUUCGACGACGCCGAAAGUAAACGUCCUGAUUCGUCGAUUGCAAUCUCAGCAACGCCGGACCCGACACCUGGGUCUCAAUCUCUGCCCUCCCGUGCCCGCAGUCAGAAGAGGCCUCGAGAGGCUCGGGAUUCCGAUAGCGACGACGAGCCAAGAUUCUCAUUCCGGCGAAAGCGUUAG